GGUAUUGGGAGAUUUGGAUUUAAAAAUAACAUAUUGUAUGAGGCCAAUUUGAUCCUCUGCUUCGCCAAAAAUCAGUGAAAAUGUCUUCGUCGAUUCUUUCCUACGUGUCCAUGGCCAUGAAAUCUGCAGUGCAGUCCUUCCCACGGCAGCGCUUACCCUUACUGUGCGCGGCGGGAGUGGGUUUAACGGCUAUAGCCUCUUGGAUGUGGUGGAGACGGAGGAGCAGCAAGGAGCUGAAGCAGGUGGGGGUCGUGUCCCAGCUCCUGAUUUACCCCAUUAAAUCUUGCCGGCCAAUAUCCGUCCAAGAUGCAGACUGCCUGGACAUGGGUCUCAGCAAAGGUGAGCUGAAGGACAGGCACUGGCUGGUGGUGACAGAGGCUGGAAAUAUGGUGACGGGAAGACAGGAGCCUCGUUUGGUCCUCAUCGAUGUGAGCGUAAGAGGGGACUCUCUGUGCCUUAAAGCUUCGGGAAUGGAGGAGCUUCUGGUUCCCAUGUCACUCCCCAAAAGCAACAAAGUUCGUGACUGCAGGGUGUUUGGGAGAGACAUCCAGGGUCGAGACUGCGGAGAAGAAGUUUCCCGCUGGCUGACAUCUUACUUCCAGAGCGAUCAGCCGUAUUACUUGGUGCAUUUUGAAGCUGAUACGAUGCGUCCGCGUAAAUGCGUUGAGGCUGAGGUAUUGUUCAGAGAGAAAGAUGUGAUCGCUUAUCCAGAUGCCAGUCCCAUCAUGCUCCUCUCUGAAACAUCACUGGAGGAUCUCAACAGGCGUCUUGAAGAGCCGGUGUCCCUGAUGAAUUUCAGGCCUUGCAUCGUGGUAUCUGGCUGUGAGGCCUUUGCAGAAGAUGGUUGGGAUGAUAUCAGGGUUGGAACAUCAAGGAUGAAGAGGGUCAUGGCGUGCGGACGCUGCGUCUUAACUACAGUGAACCCGGACACCGGCGUCAUGAGUCGGAAGGAACCUCUGGACACGUUGAGAACCUUCAGGGAGAGUGACCCCACCUUGAGCCAUCUCUAUAAAACUGCACCCCUCUUUGGGCAAUACUAUGGCGUGGAGAAGACCGGGACACUUAAAGUGGGGGAUCCGGUUUAUCAUGUGAUCAAACAUUAAAACAAUCGUUAGGAAGCAGAAGAGAUAAAACUGGAUACAAAUUGAUACAUUUUACAUUAAUUAAAAAAACAUAGAAUAAUCACGCCUUUUCUAGAAACAGUUUAAAAGUUUGUAAGGUAUGGAUCAACCCACCUGUUUGUAAGCAGGAAUAUCACCCAACCUGCUAGGACUGGCCACGGUUGUUGCAGUGUUGCAGCCCAUCUUCAGGGCUACCUGCGACCUCUGACCCCCCCCCAAGAGUAACUUCCCAGGGUCACACAGACUGGAACUCCGUAUUUUUUAUCUGGUUUAAUGAUAUUUGAGC